UCUAUAUCAAACCGGUUUUAAAUAUAGGGCCUACAUUUCGCCCAAUCCUAUGAGGUGGACCGGAUUCUGGGCGAUCUAACCCUGAUUGCCCAUGGCAUGAAUAAUACUCUGAAUUUACUGAGGUAGAGUGCGUGUCUGGUUGGGAGAGACGGAGCGAACAUGAAAAGAUUUUUCAAGCCAGUGGAGAAGGAUGGCUCUUCCAAGAAACCCACGAUCUCUGCUGCUUCAUCAGUAAAAGAAAUUGAAAUUGCAAAAGAAACUGCUGCUGUAGAUGAAGACAAAAAUGAAAUCACCAAGAAAGACCCUUUAAAAUACUUGACAUGGAAUGCAAAUAGUUUUCUGCUAAGAGUGAAGAAUGACUGGCCUGAGUUCUCUAAGUUUAUAGAGAAUUAUGAUCCUGAUGUCAUUGCAAUACAGGAAGUAAGGAUGCCGGCAGCUGGUUCCAAGGGUGCACCUAAAAACCCUAGAGAGUUGAAAGAUGAUACUAAACCUUCACGCGAGGAAAAGCAGGUUAUAAUGCGUGCUUUAUCGAUUCCACCAUUUAAAAAUUUUAACGUAUGGUGGUCUCUUUCUGAUUCGAAAUAUGCUGGAACUGCAUUGCUUAUAAAAAAGUGCAUCCAACCAAGAAUGGUUUCUUUCUCUCUUGAUGGAACAGGUUCAAAGCACGAACCUGACGGGAGGGUAAUUUUAGCUGAAUUUGAAUCAUUCCGGCUAUUAAAUACAUAUGUACCAAACAAUGGUUGGAAAGAAGAGGAAUCCUCAUUUCCUAGGAGAAGAAAGUGGGAUAAGAGGAUGCUAGAAUUUGUUCUUAGAACAUCUGAUAAACCCCUUAUUUGGUGUGGUGAUCUUAAUGUAAGUCAUCAAGAUAUUGACGUGAGUCAUCCAGAGUUUUUCAGUGCAGCAAAGCUCAACGGUUAUGUUCCACCAAAUAAAGAGGAUUGUGGGCAGCCUGGAUUUACAUUGUCUGAGAGGAAGCGCUUUGGAACCAUACUAAAAGAGGGAAAGCUGGUGGAUGCGUAUAGGUACCUGCACAAGGACAAAGAUAUGCAGUGCGGCUUCUCAUGGUCAGGAAACCCUAUUGGAAAGUAUCGUGGGAAAAGGAUGCGGAUUGACUAUUUCAUUGUCUCAGAGAAACUUAAAGACAGGAUAGUUGCAUGUGAAAUACGUGGACAAGGGAUUGAACUAGAAGGUUUCUAUGGGAGUGACCAUUGUCCAGUAACACUUGAGCUUUCUGGCGCGAGUCCUAAUUCCAACGAGAACUAAUGUCCUUUGAAUCUUAAGCAUUGUAAAUCUCAAUUCAACUAAACUUUCUGACCUGAUCUUCGUAGAUGAACAUGUAUUGUGGAUGUCUUGUCAUUUUGAGGCAAAUAACAUUUACUGUUUGUGACCGGUGCUUAUUCAAGGAUAAACCAAUUUGGGAAUGCCAAAACUACCCCUUUAUAUUAUGCUCUGAUAUCAAAUUGGUCCUU